UUCCGGUCCCGCCCCCUAGGGCGGCGGCGAUUGGCGGCGGGGGCCGUCACUCGGCCGGCAACGACAAGAUGGUGGCCACCCGCAGCGGAGCCGGGGCCGCCACCCGGGACCAGAACUCGCUGGAGCUCGAUGGGCCCAGGGUGACGAGGAGCAAAAGGAAACGGCAGGGAAAACCCGGCUCCGACGCGACGCAGGGCGUCGAAGGGGAAGGCUCCGGGCCAGGCGUCCUUCCGAAGAAGGAUCUCCCCGUCUCCCCGGAGAAGGAUCUCCCCAAAGCGAAAAGAGCCAACGGCCGGAGUAGAAAUGCGGGCCCGGGAACGGUCGAACCUCCCCCGGAGGGAGAGAUCUCCGAGACGGAGUCCAACUGUUCUUCCGCGUCCGGGUUUCAGGGGAUCACUACGGUCAGGGUGACGAGGAGGCGGCGGAUCGUCGUCGUCCAGCCGCCCGAAGCCCGGCCCCGCGUCCGACGGAAGACCGUCUCCCAGAGCGAGUCGGUCCGAUCCCACGAGGACGGAGCCUCCGAGGCGGAAUCCCGCGCUGCCGGGGCGGCCGGAGGGCGGGGGGCCCGCCGGCUCCCCGACCCGGACUCCGAGUCCCGGGAGGGAGACCUUUCCGACGCCGAAUCGUGGUGCUCGGGCUUCUCGGCCGGGAGGACCGCCCGGGAAAAGCCGCGGAGCGACACGGGGGGGCGGGGGGGACGCGCGGCCGGGAACGGGAAGCGGGCGGGAGGCGCCGCCCCCCUCCGGCCGGACGCCACCGGCGGGUUCCCCCAACCGGGGGAGGCGGAGGAGGAAGCCGCCGCUUCCAACUCACCUGGAAAGGCCCCCUCGCCGAGGGGUCCGGAUGCAACCCGGCGGGACCCCGGGGAUGAAAUCCUGAGCGAAGCCAUCGCCCGCUUUUUAUCCACGGCCAGGGGGAGAAACUCAGCCGGCGCGUCCCCUCGUGAAGGGGCGGCGAAGGAGACGCGUCCUCGCGUUGCGGGGGAGGGUUCCGACUCAAAGGAGGAUGAAUUCCGGUCGAGAGUCUCUCCGUCUAAAGGGAGCGGCCCGCGAAAGGCGUCGACGUCCCCGAGGCGGUCGGCCCCGGACAGAAAUCGAUCCGUUUUCGAUGCCGACGAUGGAGUAACGAACCCGUCGGCCCGUGAAGUGGACCUUCUGGAAGCGGACAGGCGACCUGAAAAGACGGGCAGCCCUCCCGUCGCCCGUGGAGGUGGAGAAACGGAAGCGGACGGCGAAACCCCUAGUCGCCGAAACCGGGAAGGAGAAGAUUUAGAGAACGGCGCCCAUCCGCGCUCGCCUGGCUUUCGCCCAACGCGGGAUGAGCGGGAUGGUCUCCGGUUAGUCCUCGCUAGCGAUGACGACCGGGAAUGCGAAGACAGUGAGGCCGAAGGGGAUGCGCCGUGUUCCGUUGAAAGUCACGGGGAGCCCCCGUCUUCGGGCGAGGGCUCGGAAGGCGACGCUUCCCACCCGGACGCCCUCUUCGUCGUCGACACCGCUCCGGGGUUGCGCGCCGAUCGGAAAUAUUACUUAGAUGACGGGAGCGAGAGCGAGGUCGAAGUGGAGGGGGCGGAAGAGGAGGAGGAAGAGGAGGAGAAGAUGGAGGAGGAGGAGGAGGAGAAAGUGGUGGAAGAAGAAGAGGAGGAGGAAGAGGAGGAGGAGGAGGAACCAUCAGAUCGUGAAGAAGCGGAAGACGACUUUGUAGACGAAGAUGAAAGCAUAUUUAAAGAUACAAAGAUGAGCCUGCUGAAGCUGUCGAGCAGUUCCAUAGACCCCGGUCUCAGUAUCAAGCAACUCGGAGGCUUGUACGUUAAUCUUGAUGCAGACGAAGCCGUGACUAACAAAAAGACCCUUACGCAGAUUAAGGAGAAAAAGAGAAAAGAGCUCUUGGAGAAGUGUAUCGUGAGCCCCGAUUUUGAAAAAAAAGACUGUGUCCCACCGUACAAGGAGUCAAAGGUUCAACUGAAGAAAAAGCGCAGGCAAGAACGAGAAAAAACGGCAGGAGACGGCUGGUACGGCAUGAAAGCCCCCGAGCUGACAACUGAACUGAAAAACGACCUGCAAGCCCUGAAGCUGAGAGGGAGUAUGGACCCUAAACGCUUUUACAAGAAGAACGAUAGAGAUGGCUUCCCCAAAUACUUCCAGGUUGGUACCGUGGUCGAUAAUCCCAUUGACUUCUAUCACGCACGGAUUCCGAAGAAGCAGAGGAAGAGGACGAUCGUGGAAGAGUUGCUGGCUGAUUCUGAGUUCAGAAGUUACAACAAAAAGAAGUACCGGGAGAUCAUGAUCGAGAGGGCGGCUAACGCAGAGGGCAAGAAGAAUAGGAAGAAAAAGAAAUUUCGCAACUAAGACUGGCGCGAGACACCCAACCCUUCACGUCCAUCUUUUCGGAACCGUUCAUUCAAGUCGAAUGAAGACUAAAAAUAGCAUAUUGAUGCGGAAUAGGGCCGGCCCCAUUUUUGCCUCGUGUUUGCCUUCGAAGGAAGUCGAUUUGAGAGAGAAUGAGAUUUUUCUCUCUAGGCCACUUGGGCCACGUCGGGCGGACGCGGUCACGCGAAGGAAGCGGGAAGAAAAUCGGGUGGAUCUGGGCCAAAAAAAAUGAUAUUAACAUGUUAUAUAAAAAAAAAGAAUAAGGGGGACUUUUCUAUAUAAAUAACUAGCCUAGACUCUAAAAAAUAUUCGAUCGGUACAAAACGCUAUGUCCAGGACUCCUUUUUCACAGGGCAUCGUGAAGGGGUCUGGUAGUCCUAAUGAAUUACUGAUCUGUUUUAGCAAUCUAUAUUAAAGCGCACAACUGAUGGAGUGAA